ACCGGAAGUGUGCGGUUGCCAUGUAAUAUCCUGAGCUCGCGGGCGCGCGAGUGACUGAGGCGGCGCCGGGGAGGGCGCGGAGUUUGCCAGCGGGUGGUGCGGGCGGCGCCAAUAGGGGCCGCUGAGGCACGCGAGGGGCUGGUGACUUCGGGGAAGGCUGUGGCUUGAGCGGGGCCUGCGUUUUACUCAGUCCGGGCGGGAGCCCCGAAAGCGGGAGGCAGCAUGUCCGUGGCGGGGCUGAAGAAGCAGUUCUACAAGGCGAGCCAGCUGGUCAGUGAGAAGGUUGGAGGCGCUGAAGGGACCAAGCUAGACGAUGACUUCAAGGAGAUGGAGAAGAAGGUGGAUGUCACCAGCAAGGCCGUGGCAGAAGUGCUGGUCAGAACCAUUGAGUACCUGCAGCCCAACCCAGCCUCUCGGGCCAAGCUGACAAUGCUCAACACGGUGUCCAAGAUCCGGGGUCAGGUGAAGAACCCCGGCUACCCGCAGUCAGAGGGGCUGCUGGGCGAGUGCAUGAUCCGCCACGGGAAGGAGCUGGGCGGCGAGUCCAACUUCGGUGACGCCCUGCUGGAUGCGGGGGAGUCCAUGAAGCGCCUGGCCGAGGUAAAGGACUCGCUAGACAUUGAGGUCAAGCAGAACUUCAUCGACCCCCUGCAGAACUUGUGCGACAAGGACCUGAAGGAAAUUCAGCACCACCUGAAGAAGCUGGAGGGCCGCCGCCUGGACUUCGACUACAAGAAGAAGCGGCAGGGCAAGAUCCCUGACGAGGAGCUGCGCCAGGCUUUGGAGAAGUUCGAGGAGUCCAAGGAGGUGGCGGAGACCAGCAUGCACAACCUCCUGGAGACGGAUGUGGAGCAGGUGAGCCAGCUCUCGGCCCUGGUGGACGCGCAGCUGGACUACCACCGGCAGGCCGUGCAGAUCCUGGAGGAGCUGGCUGAGAAGCUCAAGCGAAGGGUACGGGAGGCCUCCUCGCGCCCCAGGCGGGAGUACAAGCCCAAGCCCCGAGAGCCGUAUGACCUGGGAGAGCCUGAGCAGUCCAACGGGGGCUUCCCCUGCGCCCCGGCCCCCAAGGCCACAGCAGCCCCGUCAUCUUUCCGAUCUUCCGACAAGCCCAUCCGGACACCCAGCAGGAGCAUGCCGCCCCUGGACCAGCCGAGCUGCAAGGCGCUUUACGACUUCGAGCCUGAGAACGACGGCGAGCUGGGCUUCCACGAGGGCGAUGUCAUCACGCUCACCAACCAGAUUGACGAGAACUGGUACGAGGGCAUGCUGCACGGCCAGUCGGGCUUCUUCCCCCUCAGCUACGUGGAGGUGCUCGUGCCGCUGCCCCAGUGAGUCGGCGCCACUGUGCCGGCCACCACCGCGAGGGAUCCUGGGGUCCACACGGGGCCCAGCGCAGCGCCAUUUACACUAGUGCUCGCCCAUGCAGGGCCAGGCUGGGCCACACUAAGGUGCUCUCGGAAACACUAACGUUCCUCCCCACCCCACCCGGCCCCAGGUCCUGCUGCCUUAACUGGGCGGUGGCUGAGCAGGGCCCUGGCCACCCGCCCUGGUGUUCAGACCCCUCCCAGCCCGUUGCUGGCGAUGGGCCACAGCCCCCCUUGGGGACUCCCCAGGCAUGUGUGUCCCCUGCCCUGCCUACACAUACACCCUUUUCUGGGGAGCUGAGGGCCCGGACCUCCAGCCUGCCACCAGCGCCCCCUGUGGCUGGGGACCAGACCACAAGGCACCACCAGUUCCCACCCCUCUGACGCUACCUGGCCAGACAUCUCUGGCACAAGCUGCCACCAUCACCUGCAGGGACCACGGCCCGGCCUCCCCAGGGUCAAGCACAAAGCUGUGGAGAGCAAGGGACCCCAGAGCCCAGCUGCCAGCCCCUCCUCCUCCCUGAACUGCCAGCAGCCGUCACCGGGACCCACGGCUCCUCCCAGAGGGAGGUGGGCUGGUGGGGUUCCCACGCCUCAGGACCCCCACUGGCUUCCGCUUCCUCUCCUAUUCCAAAGGCCAGCUGACAGGGGACUCCGGGGCUGGCCAGUCACAUUCCCUCCACCAGGGACGCACACAGCCCCUGGGACCCGGGCUCUGCCCUCCCCAUGCCCCUUGUCACCGUCACACGGGGUGCCUGCCCUACCCUGGCUUGUAGUCCAGGGUAAACGGAAAUGUACUCCUGACUUUUUUAAAAGAAGUAUUAAAUGUCUCUUUCUAUA